AUGCCGCAAUUUGUACUACUAGGAACAUGCGACAGCAAACUCGACGAGUUACUAUACUUGCGCUCUCAAAUCCUGGCGAGCGGCGGCGAAAGAUGUGAAGUAACAUUCGUUGACGUCGGACGUUCUCCGGUCGAUCACGAGCACAUCACGGUCCGACAAGAUAUACUGACUACGAAGUAUGCCCCUGGUGCUGGUGCAAAGGAUGUCCAAAACUUGUCUCGUGGAGAUGUGAUCAAGUACAUGAUUGAGUGCGCUUCGAAGUGGCUAGCGGAAGCGUACCAGUUAGGCCUCAAGGAUCCCAAGCAAGCCAUUCAUGGCAUAAUCAAUGCUGGUGGAACCGGCGGCACUAGUCUGGCAUCAGGAGUGAUGCGCAACGUCCUGCCAAUAGGUCUGCCAAAGCUCAUCGUCUCCACCAACGCGUCAGGCGACAUGCGACCAGUCGUCGGCGAGACGGACAUCACUAUGAUGUACUCAGUGUGCGACGUAGCGGGCCUGAACUACCUUUUACGGCGGAUCUUGUCGAACGCGGCAGGCGCGAUCGUAGGCAUGGCAAAAGCGUACGAGGGGUCUCUCGCUGCGGAGCCGAAAGGUGAAAGUCAUUCGCACCAAAAACGCGUUGGACUGACCAUGUUCGGCGUGACUACCCCAUGUGUCGACAAGGUUCGCGAGUAUCUGGAAAGCAACUACCCCAUCGAGUGCUUCGUCUUCCACUGCACCGGUGCAGGCGGCAGAGCAUUGGAGCGUCUCGUCUCUGAGGGCGUCUUAGAAGCAGUCCUGGACAUCACCACGACCGAGAUUUGCGAUCAAUUGUGCGGCGGCGUAAUGGAUGCGGGUCCUCACCGGUUAGAGGCACCACUAGAGGCCGGCAUCCCGUAUAUCAUAUCGUUAGGCGCAACGGAUAUGGUCAAUUUCGGUCCGAAGCCCACCGUUCCCGAGAAGUACAAGUCCCGCAAGCUGUUCGAACACAACCCAACUGUUACGCUGAUGCGUACCACUCCGGAGGAGUGUGCUGCCAUCGGCGCGUUCAUUGUGGACAAAGUAAAGCAAUUCGCAACCGACAAAGCGAAGGUAGAGUUAGUCCUGCCACUCGGCGGUGUCAGCAUGAUCGCAACCCCAGACGGGCCGUUCUAUGAUGCCGCAGCGGACGAUGCCAUCUUUUCGUCCGUCAGGAAUGGUUUGAAGGGCUUCGACGUACAGCUCGUUGAAGACGCACGAACCAUCAACGACGAAGGGUUUGCGGUUGAUAUUGCCAAACGGCUCGUUCGUUUGAUGGGUCUGGACUGA